AUACAAGGUACACGGACAUACCUGGAGAUCCAUGCCCUUCAUGGCACUCAAACAGUUCGCCUCCUAUGUUCUGUCUUCCUCGUCGCAGUACAACGAGGACGGGUGGUCAGCAGAACAGGCCUUAGGAUCGCCCAAAGUCUUCCCGCGUUACGGCGACAUCCAAGGGUCUUGGGCUCCUCAAAAGAAGGAUAACAAGCAGUUUCUUGAGGCAAGCCCCCGUUUCACUUGGUUUUGUGACCCAGUGUUCGUUGAUGCCAUUAAUAUCUACGAGACUUACAAUGCGGGGGGAGUGGUUGAUGUGGAGGUACUGUCACCUGAAGGGUCCUGGCUGAGUGUGUGGCAAGCUGAUCACCCGAUGGUGAUAACCACUAGUCGCAUGUUUUCAGUGCCUAUAGAGAAGGCUCCUCCUUUCCGCGUGAGUGCCCUCAAGUUGCACGUGGACUGCACUGCCUCAGGCACGUGGGUGGAGAUUGACGCCGUGGAACUGGUCGGCAGAAUCGUGGACACAGCGCCACCACCGGACGUGACACAGUUACAGGAAGAUCUCGCGCGGCUGGUCAACGACAAGGACACCAGCGACAUCAGCUUCAACAUCGAGGGUCAGACAUUCUACGCUCACAGGGGCAUCCUGAGCGUACGAUCACAGUACUUCUCGCUCUUGUGCAAGGACAGCACCCGCAAAAUGGACUCAAUCUGGCUAGAAGGUGUUUCCAGUCAGGCAUUUAACUGUAUUCUUCACUACCUCUACACCAACAAAUUUCCUGCCAAAGCUGAUCCUGUCACAAUGGUGUCAGUGUGGAGAGGUGAAAUACUCCUACUAAAUUUGUUUAGGAUUCGGGCUAACUGUGUAAAUUUGCAUAGGCUUUAUACAGAGCCACAAACAUCUCUACACUCUCUUUUGUUUAUUAGCUUUCUCAGACGAAUAAUUUCGAAUUCAUACCAACGGAGAAUGUAUAGAUUGUGGAGAUUUGUCUGCCUAGCUGCCUGUAUAUUCAACAUGACAGACGGACAGUCUGCUGCCCUUCACAAUCUUGUGAACAUCCUCAGGGUCCCCAGUGUCGUCUCGGUGUACAAAGAAGCCAUCAGGGAGCCGCCCAUUGAAAGCAUUCUUGAACUGUGCUACGACUUCAUGUCUCAGAACCUAAAGGACCUCGCACUGGAUCAAUCUUUCAAAGACUUGGAGAGGGCGGACAUGAUUGGCAUCAUACAGCAGGCAACGGCUCGCAUGUCUGUGUCAAAACGAACGCGCUAGCUUCAUUAUCUCACUUUGGAUACUUCUGUUUCUCUAAAGAACACAAUAUUAUAUGUGUGUUUUUGUGUGC